CUCUCACUCCGUCUCAAUAUGUCUCAAGAUGGCGGCCAAUGUGGGAUCGAUGUUUCAAUAUUGGAAGCGCUUUGAUUUACAGCAGCUGCAGAGGGAACUCGAUGCCACCGCAACAGUACUGGCGAACCGGCAAGAUGAAAGCGAGCAGUCUAGAAAGCGGCUUAUCGAGCAGAGCCGAGAGUUCAAGAAGAACACUCCAGAGGAUUUGCGCAAGCAGGUAGCGCCACUGCUGAAGAGCUUCCAGGGGGAGAUUGAUGCACUGAGUAAAAGAAGCAAAGAAGCUGAGGCAGCCUUCUUGAAUGUCUACAAAAGAUUGAUCGAUGUUCCAGAUCCCGUGCCUGCUCUGGACCUUGGGCAGCAGCUCCAGCUCAAAGUGCAGCGUCUGCACGACAUUGAAACAGAGAACCAGAAGCUUAGGGAAACUCUGGACGAGUACAACAAGGAAUUUGCCGAAGUGAAAAAUCAAGAGGUUACGAUAAAAGCACUUAAAGAAAAAAUCCGAGAAUAUGAACAGACUCUGAAGAACCAAGCGGAGACUAUAGCUCUCGAAAAGGAACAAAAGUUACAAAAUGAUUUUGCAGAAAAGGAGAGAAAGCUGCAGGAGACACACAUGUCCACCACCUCAAAGCUGGAGGAAGCGGAGCACAAAGUUCAAAGUCUGCAGACAGCCCUGGAAAAAACUCGAACAGAAUUAUUUGACCUGAAAACCAAAUAUGAUGAAGAAAUUACUGCCAAGGCCGACGAAAUUGAAAUGAUCAUGACGGACCUUGAAAGAGCAAACCAGAGGGCAGAGGUGGCUCAGAGAGAGGCGGAGACUUUGAGGGAGCAGCUUUCGUCGGCCAACCACUCUCUCCAGCUGGCCUCGCAGAUCCAGAAGGCGCCGGACGUGGAGCAGGCCAUAGAGGUGCUGACCCGCUCCAGCCUGGAAGUUGAGUUGGCCGCCAAAGAGCGGGAGAUCGCCCAGCUGGUGGAGGACGUGCAGAGACUCCAGGCCAGCCUCACGAAGCUGCGUGAGAACUCGGCCAGCCAGAUCUCCCAGCUCGAGCAGCAGCUGAGUGCCAAGAACAGCACGCUCAAACAACUGGAAGAAAAACUCAAAGGACAGGCUGACUAUGAAGAAGUGAAGAAAGAACUAAACAUUCUGAAAUCCAUGGAGUUUGCACCGUCCGAGGGCUCUGGGACACAGGACGCGUCCAAGCCCCUGGAGGUGCUGCUGCUGGAGAAGAACCGGUCGCUACAGUCCGAGAAUGCCGCGCUACGCAUCUCCAACAGCGACCUGAGCGGGUCAGCCAGGAGAAAAGGGAAAGACCAGCCUGAGAGUCGGCGUCCUGGACCUUUGCCGGCCUCCCCUCCUCCUCAGUUGUCCCGCAACACGGGGGAGCAGGCUUCCAAUACUAAUGGUACACACCAGUUCUCACCAGCGGGGUUAACGCAAGACUUUUUCAGCUCAUCCCUGGCAAGCCCCAGCCUACCCCUGGCUUCUACGGGAAAAUUUGCACUAAACUCUCUCCUCCAACGACAGCUAAUGCAGUCCUUCUACUCCAAGGCCAUGCAGGAAGCAGGAAGCACAAGCAUGAUUUUUUCAACAGGUCCAUACAGCACAAACUCCAUAUCUUCCCAAAGUCCAUUACAACAGAGCCCAGAUGUAAAUGGCAUGGCCCCGUCUCCCAGCCAGUCAGAAAGUGCUGGGAGUGUCUCCGAGGGCGAGGAGAUAGACACGGCAGAAAUCGCCCGGCAGGUGAAGGAACAGUUGAUCAAGCACAAUAUCGGACAGCGCAUUUUCGGACACUAUGUCUUGGGACUGUCUCAAGGGUCUGUGAGCGAGAUUCUGGCCCGGCCCAAGCCAUGGAAUAAACUGACCGUUCGCGGCAAGGAGCCCUUUCACAAGAUGAAGCAGUUCCUCUCGGACGAGCAGAACAUCCUGGCUCUUCGCAGCAUCCAAGGCAGACAAAGAGAGAAUCCAGGCCAGAGCCUGAACAGACUAUUUCAGGAAGUACCGAAACGAAGAAAUGGGUCCGAAGGUAACAUCACGACCCGGAUCCGAGCCUCCGAUACCGGAUCCGAUGAAGCAAUCAAGUCCAUCCUGGAACAAGCCAAAAGGGAGCUGCAGGUGCAGAAAACUGCAGAGCCCGCCCAGCCUUCGUCCACAGCCAGCAGCGGGAGCUCCGACGACGCCAUCCGCUCCAUCCUGCAGCAGGCCCGCCGCGAAAUGGAGGCCCAGCAGGCCGCCCUCGACCCCGCCUUAAAGCCCGCGCCGCUGUCCCAGGCCGACAUCGCCAUCCUGACCCCCAAGUUGAUACCCUCCUCGCCCAUGUCGUCCGUGUCCAGCUACCCUCCGCUCGCCCUGUCCUUGAAGAAGCCCCCCUCCACCCCCGAUGCCAGUGCUUCCGCUCUGCCCAACCCCCCGGCCCUCAAAAAGGAGUCCCAGGACACGCCCGGGCUGGACCUCCAGGGAGCGGCCGAGUCUGCACAGGGGGUCCUGAGACAUGUGAAGAGCGAGCUGGGCCGCAGCGGCGUGUGGAAGGACCACUGGUGGAGCACGGUGCAGCCCGAGAGGAAGAGCGCCGUGCCUCCCGAGGACACCAAGUCGGAAGAAGCCAGCGGCACCAAGGAGAAAGGUGGCGGCAGCCAGCCGCGGGCCGAGCGCAGCCAGCUCCAGGGACCCUCAUCAUCGUCGGAGUACUGGAAGGAGUGGCCCAGCGCCGAGUCGCCAUACUCCCAGAGCUCGGAGCUGAGCCUGACCGGAGCCAGCCGCAGCGAGACGCCCCAGAACAGCCCCCUGCCGUCCUCCCCGAUCGUGCCCAUGUCCAAGCCCGCCAAGCCCUCAGUCCCUCCGCUGACCCCGGAGCAGUACGAGAUCUACAUGUACCAGGAAGUGGACACCAUCGAGCUCACCCGGCAGGUGAAAGAGAAGCUGGCCAAGAACGGCAUCUGUCAAAGGAUCUUCGGGGAGAAGGUACUGGGCCUGUCCCAGGGCAGUGUCAGUGACAUGCUGUCCCGGCCAAAGCCUUGGAGCAAGCUGACCCAGAAAGGCCGCGAACCCUUCAUCCGGAUGCAGCUCUGGCUCAACGGCGAGCUGGGCCAGGGUGUCCUGCCUGUGCAGGGGCAGCAGCAAGGGCCAGUUCUCCAUUCUGUGACGUCACUACAGGACCCCCUGCAGCAGGGCUGUGUGAGCUCAGAAAGCACUCCAAAGACCUCUGCUAGCUGUAGCCCUGCACCCGAGUCACCGAUGAGCUCUAGUGAAUCCGUCAAGAGUUUGACUGAGCUGGUCCAACAGCCCUGUCCCCCCAUUGAGACGAGUAAGGAUGGCAAACCACCAGAGCCCAGCGACCCACCCGCCUCAGACUCCCAGCCCGCCACCCCUCUGCCUCUUUCCGGACACUCGGCCCUCAGCAUCCAAGAGCUGGUAGCCAUGUCUCCAGAGCUGGACACCUACGGCAUCACCAAGAGAGUCAAAGAGGUGCUGACGGACAACAAUCUUGGUCAGCGCUUAUUUGGGGAGACCAUCUUAGGGCUCACCCAAGGCUCCGUCUCCGACCUCCUUGCUCGCCCAAAGCCCUGGCACAAGCUCAGUCUGAAGGGACGGGAGCCCUUUGUCCGGAUGCAGCUAUGGCUGAAUGACCCCAACAACGUGGAGAAGCUGAUGGACAUGAAACGCAUGGAAAAGAAAGCAUACAUGAAGCGGCGGCACAGCUCAGUCAGCGACAGCCAGCCCUGCGAGCCCCCCUCCGUUGGCAUUGACUACAGCCAGGGCGCCAGCCCCCAGCCCCAGCACCAGCUGAAGAAACCCCGAGUGGUGCUGGCUCCCGAAGAGAAAGAGGCUCUGAAACGAGCUUAUCAGCAAAAGCCAUACCCGUCACCAAAAACCAUCGAAGAACUCGCCACCCAGCUCAACUUGAAAACCAGCACCGUCAUCAACUGGUUCCACAAUUACAGAUCUCACCUGCAGGCCUCAGCUGAAUGGCGGUCACUGCCCCCUGGCCAGGGCAAGCGCUCUCCAGGCUUCUCAGCUUCUGUCACUCAUCUUGCCGACAACCAUGGGAAUGCCCGGCCCAUCACAGGUGGACGCCGCUACCUCAGCCGCCCCGCCGGCGGAGGCCCCUGCCGGGCCCGGGACGGCGCCGACAGGAGUUCCGCUUUGCCAAGCACCAGCGCGCCGGCGGCCGCCCGCAGGGCCAGCUCGCUGCAGAGCCUCUUCGGCCUCCCGGAGGCGGCGGGCGCCAGGGACUCUCGAGACAACCCCUUGAGGAAGAAGAAGGCCGCGAACUUGAACAGCAUAAUCCACCGCCUGGAGAAGGCCGCCAGCCGGGAGGAGCCCAUCGAAUGGGAGUUCUGA